CAUUGCAUCCAGCGACGAAGCGUUACGAAAUGAUGAUAUCCACUGCAACGUCGAAUGCCAACCAAUACAAUGGUAGGAUCGAGACGCGUAUUCAGUCACUAAAGCAACAGCAGCAACGAAAGGAAAUGCAUUGCAUCCUUGUAGGUCCAAAUAGUACAUGUCUCAAAUCCAAGCCCUUUCAAACUAGGGGAAUUGGCUUUCAUUCGCCUAUUGAAAUCGGUAGUCGACGUGAUUGCAUCCAAAUUGAUGAUGACAACGUAAGUUAUUGUGUUCCUAAGUGUAAAAUAUCUCCAUCCCUUGAGGGUUUUCAGCAACGUCGAUGAUUACCAGAGUAGGGUCUUGUUCUGACAUGUCCAUUCACAAUGUCUCUCUUCCUUUGUACUGCAGCUACCCAUGAUACCAUCAAUGACACCAGGGAAUUGGGACAASUUUAAAGGACAUACUGCCCCGCGCCUGGAUCGAUUCGAUAACGAUAUUGAACUUGUUCUGCAGAACAUCACUGGAGUCGACGAGAAAAAGUGCUGCGACGAAGAAAAKCAUUUCAACUAUUACCCAAGUCAGAACGCCRUUCGGAACAGCGCCGCCUCGGUGGAACCAAUUCAUUCGCUCGAUGGGCCUGUGUCGGACGAAGAAAGAGCCGAAGUCGCUCCGAUUGACGACUUUGUUUCCCAUUGUAAGAGYAGUGAAAUUAAAUUGAUGGAAGAAGCUUUGUCGACAUUGAUUCCCUCCAAAGAAAAUAGAACUCAUCAAAACGAUAUCGUUGGAUACGAUCGCAAUGACACACAUUCAGCAAUGCAAAAUUACCUAAUGAGAAACGAUAUUGGAGAUUUUACUCCAUCCUCUCCAGUUCAAAGUCGUCGUACCACCGCCACUGYCAUCGACCAAUACCCCGCGUUAUUUCCCCAAGUAACAUUUGACGAAGAAGAAGAACUAGACAGAAGCACUUUUUUCGAAGAACAGGUGAAAGAUGAAGAAUGCACUGAAAAUCAAUCGAAUACCCUGGUCUCAUCAUCUCAUUCAUGCCGGGGGCCAUCGAACUGGCUGCUUCAGCAGUUAGUUUCAGAUUCCUCGUCGUUUGAAUCGCAUUCAAGGGAUACUGUUGACAGUAGAAAUAAUCGUGCCAACRUCGUGACGAAACACAAGCAUUGGUCAGAGGAAGAAGACGAAAUCCUCAAGUUAGCGAUGAGGGCAGAAGAAGAACAAAAUCCGACAAAUUGGAUAAAUGUUKCUCAAAACUACUUUUCAAACAGCCGUUCUGCGACCCAGUGCAAAAAUAGGUGGAAAAACGUAAGUAUCUGUUCGUGUGUUGACYGAUUUUUUAAGUUGCACAUCUUUAUUUUGUGAACCAAACAAAGACUCACCCAGUCGAUCACCUCAAAUCGAACAGCACUUGAAACCCGGUGUAGUUCGCGGGAAUUGGAAGAAACACGAGGACGAAUACAUCAUCCAUAUGCAUGCCCAAGGAUUCAAAUGGCUUGACAUAGCGAAAGGGCUACCGGGAAGGACAAGUGAACACGUACGGGAACGAUACGUCAACGUCUUGGAUGAAAAAUUAAAGAAGACAAGYUGGACCGCCGCGGAAGACAAAAUUCUGUUCGAAAGUCAGUACCGCUUGGGCAACAAAUGGUCCGAAAUCCGGAAGCUAUUGCCUGGUAGAUCGGACAAUAUGAUCAAGAAUCGCUACUAYAACAAGAGAAACGCACAUCUGCGGCGAAUGAAACGCGAAGCAUURGCAUCUACUCCUCCAACACCUGUUUAGCGGAAAAUGAAACCUAAACAAAUUAUGCGAAAAUGCAAAUAAAGCAAACACCAUAAYAYAUUAUUUAAAAAUAGAAGUUGACAUGAUAUGUURUGAAUACAAUACGAAAGUAGGUCGAUCGACAGAKGUAUUUCAAGAAGUGACUUCMGCUGGUUUUUGUUCAUCCUCGUCAUCGAAAGGAUUUGAAAUGAGAGAAAAMCUCUUUCGUUCGUUGUACAACUCCGCUUGGAAGCUGGUCAUCCUUUGAUGGGAUUAGUGAAAAUGUUUGGUAAUAGUUCGGCUUAUUUUCGUUUUCCAAACGAGCACGACGAGGAAGAAUCUUAAUGAGAGUGAUCAAGGAGCAACCUGUGGUACUUGAUCUACAUCUACCCAAUCGACUGACUUGACCCAAUUUUMUUAUGGAAGAAACAAACGUGAUUUGUUUCCCCCUCGAACUCUAUAUAUAAUCAUCAUCCGCUUUUUUGUGUUUMCCAGUUCUUUGAAUUUCUCUCUGUUUAUGAAUUCCUGAAAGAACAAACGAAGCGAAGAGAAAGCCUAUCAAGGAAUAAACCCAGCUCUCGAUCGCUUCUUCCUCUUCCUCGCUGGUUGAGACGAUGCKGCCUGUCGACAAAAGAAUCUCUCUCAUCCGGACUUCGGGAAUCAAUUCGCUGGGCCAAUAYGUUAGUUGAAGAAAAGAAUAUAGUGCAUCUAGAUCGAAAUGUCCGUUAGAGUGCCAACAUAAUGGACAAUCUUUCCUAGCUGGCCACUGCACUGCAUUCAAUUCUUGUUGCGUAGGUGUUCGAUGGUCUCGCUCCGCCCUUUCGUUCAUCAAUCUCGAAUUCACACCGUUGUGCAAUUCAAACAACCACAGCGAUAACUCUUUCCAGUCAUCGAGGCCUCCGAGUUCUUCGUURAGUCGAUCGCAUCUACUAAACCCACAACUGUCAU